UUAAUGACAAUUUGGUUGCUUGCGGCAUAUUUGUCUUACUCAUACAAACUGUACUAAGCGCCAGUGGUGGGGAGCCGAAAAAAACACCGGAAGCUCUCAAUGCGGGAAAUAAUGCAGAAGCUUCAGGAAUUGUUAAUCUAAAUGGAAAAGUUUUCGGAAAUUUCGACGUGCUGAAUAUUAAAAUUAAUAAUCAAAAUGGUGAAUCUGAAAGCAAAAAAAUUAUUGUUAAUAUUAAUAAUUUAAAUUUAAAUGUUGAUUAUUCUACAAGAGGAGGAAUUUGGGUUUAUUUAAAAAGCCAAACAAAUAAUAGAAACAACAAUGAGAUUCCAAAAGUCUCAGUGAACCCAUCAUCAGAAAAAGUCUAUAAUCUAGACACAAAAUCUCUUCCUUCUUUCGACAUCUUGAAAAUAACCUUAUCCCCAGACGUAACUAGCCUUGAAAGCAAAAAGAAGAUCAACGUGAUGAUCAACGACAUGGUCAUAGUCCUCGACACCAGAAAUUACGUAGCUUUGUCUAUGAAAAGCAUCAAGGAGAUUAAUAAUAAUUACAACAACAACAACAACAACAACAACAACAACGUGAUCAUCAACGGCAAUGACAUCUUUAUCAGCUCCAAUAAUAAUAAUAACAACAAUGGCAUCUUCUUCAGCACUAGUGACGUUAAUGACAUUAAUACCCACUUCCACUGGGAUGGCACUUCGUUUUCUAAUUUUUACAGUGAGAGUGACGAUUUUGAUAAAAAAGAAUUUGAAGAGGACAUGAAUGAAAUGCAAGAAGACAUGAAGACAAUGGAGAAGAAAAUGAGGAGAGAUGCAUUUUUUGAUAGAGAAGAAUUUAACGAAGGCAUGAAAGAGAUGCAAGAAGAUACGGAUGAAAUGCGGCACGAUAUGCAGAAAGAUAAAAUUUUUGAUAGAGGAGCUUUUAAUAAAGACAUGAAUGAAAUGCGAAAAAAUAUGAGAUGGAGUAUGAUAAACAAUCAAGAAAAAUUCAGAAAUGAUAUGGAAAAAAUGAGGGAAGAUAUGGAAAAAAUGAGGGAAGGUAUGGAGAAAAUGAGGGUCAAUAUGCAAGAAAGUUUCGCUUGGUAUCGCUAGUGGAAUUAAUUUCAUAUUUUGAUAAUUAAAACAUGUAAUUUGAGUCAAUAAAAAUAUUCUUUGCAAUAUAAA